GUGCGGCAGGAGAGAAGAGAGGAGCAUCCAUCUGCAAUUACAAGUCAAGUCAUAGCAACAGCGAGAUUAGCGACGAGAGCCUGGCUUGUGUAGGCACUUCGCCGUACUGACAGGCAUGGAGAGCCUGCUGGACAACCCCAUGAAAGCUGUCCUGUAUCUCAAGGAGCUUACUACCAUCGUGCAGAACCAGCAGAGUCUGAUCCAAACACAGCGACAGCGGAUAGACGAGCUUGAGCGGAGGGUGGAAGAGCUGAUAGGCGAGAACCGGCAACUGAAAGAGCAGCAUCAGCCUCACCACUACCAUCACCACCACCACCACCCGGCGCCACGCAGUGCCAGCCCUCAGUCCGCAGCGCUCCCACAUCAGCACCCGGGCAACAGCAAAGCCGGGACACAUCCGGGACAGCAGCCACAGCAGCCCAGGCAGCACCCGUCGCAGUCUCAGCAGCAUCUGCAACUGGUGCCCGCGUCCUCGCCGUCCCCGCAGCCUAGCCCGACUAGCCCGGACUCCGCUGAGGACUGCUGCAAGUCGCUGGUCCUGCAGAAGCCCGCCACCAUCUGCCGCUCCGUGGUGCUCGGGAGAAAGCCAGAAAACAAGACUGUAUUGCACCAGUUCUGCUGUCCAGCAGCUGACACUGAUCAAAAAGCAGAUUCUUCAAGUUGUUCUACAAGCGACUCCAAGCCUGCAAGCUGUGACCUGGGGGAGACAGGUGAGACGGAGGGCAGAGGGGAGGAGGAGGAGGAGGAGGAGGAGGAGGCAGGAACAGGCCAGCAAACACCAGAUGGCGGGGGCCCGACGCUGAUUGGAGUGGAGAGCGCAGGUGGCCGGGGUGCGCCCAUCACGGCGGGGCAGAAAGCCAGCCUUCAUCACACGGCCUCUCCCAUGAGGGUACAGAGGAACAAAGGAGCCAGCUCCUGCUCACACUCAUCCACAUCUGACUAUGAGCUCUCGCUUGACCUCAAAAACAAACAGAUCGAAAUGCUAGAGCACAAAUACGGAGGCCAUCUGAUCUCACGCAGAGCCGCAUGUACCAUCCAAACAGCUUUCCGGCAGUACCAGCUGAGCAAGAACUUUGAGAAGAUACGCAACUCACUUUUGGAAAGUCGCCUGCCACGCCGUAUCUCCUUACGCAAAAUAAGGUUACAAAAUUCAGAAGGUUUUUCUACUGAAAAAGCUCUUGUUGAAGGCUACAACUUUGUAGGCAUACCUUUAGUGCGUUCUCCCUCACUUCCAGCUACUAUCAGUGGUGCUCUGACUGAGCUGGAGGACUCAUUCACUGAGCAGGUGCAGUCAUUGGCCAAAUCAAUUGAUGAUGCCCUUAGCACCUGGAGCCUAAAAACAAUGUGCUCUCUUCAGGAAGGUGGAACCUAUCAGAUCACUGAAACCUUUAAAACAUCUGCUCCCAAUCCAGGAGGCAAAGAGAUGUUUACUGGGGAGACUGCAGGCCAAGAUAUUAGAGAAGACAUUAACCAGCCUGAUGCUCUGCCAUGCAGUGCCAGCACCUUAAUGAUGGCAUUCCGAGAUGUUACAGUGCAGAUUGACAAGCAGAACUUCUGCAUGUCUUCUUCAGUUAUGGAAUCUACUUCCGUUUCUCUCAGUAACUGUCUUCCACAGGACAGUGAAACAAUCUGUUUGGAAGAAAAAGAGGUCAAGGAGAAUACUCCAGAAGACAGAAUACCUGAGGGAGAACCUACAGAAGCAAGCGAGGAAAUGAAAGAGUUUCCAGAUCCACCUCCUAGUGAGGAGGAGGAGAACAAUACGAAAGAGGAGCAACUUGCUUUGCAGAAAGUAGAAAAUGCCGAGCCUGAUGGCACACAGGAAGUGGUUGAGGCCAAGAGAACAGAAUCAGAAAUAGCUGACAAUAGCUCUGAGCAAAUGAGCAGCAGUAGCACGUCAACAUCAGCCAAGUCAGCCUCUGAGGUUUCCUCCAAAGAGGCCCUCCAGGCCAUGAUUCUCAGCCUACCCAGGUACCACUGCGAAAAUCCAGCCAGCUGUAAGUCACCCACCCUCUCCACUGAUGUCAUGAGAAAGCGUCUCUACAGGAUUGGUCUCAACCUGUUUAACAUAAACCCAGACAAAGGGAUCCAGUUCCUUAUCUCCCGAGGCUUCAUUCCAGAUACCCCCAUUGGAGUUGCGCACUUUUUACUCCAGAGAAAGGGGCUGAGCCGCCAGAUGAUCGGGGAAUUUCUUGGUAACAGCAAGAAGCAGUUCAACAGGGAUGUCUUGGACUGUGUGGUGGAUGAGAUGGACUUUUCUGGCAUGGAGCUUGAUGAGGCAUUAAGAAAAUUUCAGGCUCACAUCAGGGUGCAAGGUGAAGCUCAGAAGGUUGAAAGACUAAUAGAGGCUUUCAGCCAGCGCUACUGCAUGUGUAACCCAGAUGUAGUCCAGCAAUUCCAUAACCCGGACACAAUCUUCAUCCUUGCCUUUGCUAUCAUCCUUCUGAACACGGAUAUGUACAGCCCUAACAUAAAGCCAGACCGUAAGAUGAUGUUGGAGGACUUCAUUCGCAACUUACGUGGUGUAGAUGAUGGUGCAGAUAUUCCACGAGAGAUGGUUGUGGGAAUAUAUGAAAGAAUCCAACAGAGAGAGCUGCGAUCCAAUGAAGACCAUGUGACUUAUGUGACCAAGGUGGAACAAUCCAUUGUAGGAAUGAAAAGUGUGCUAUCAGUUCCUCACCGGAGAUUAGUUUGCUGCAGUCGUCUUUUCGAGGUUUCAGACAUUAACAAGGCCCAGAAACAGGCGGCUCAUCAACGAGAAGUGUUCCUGUUUAAUGACUUGUUGGUGAUUCUAAAGCUAUGUCCAAAGAAGAAAAGUUCAGCUACUUACACUUUUUGCAAAGCUGUGGGUCUUCUAGGAAUGCAAUUUCAUCUGUUUGAAAAUGAAUAUUACCCACAUGGCAUCACAAUAAUUGCCCCUUUCUCGGGAUCAGAAAAGAAGCAAGUAUUGAACUUUUGUGGCCAAAGUGCAGAGGAGCUGCUAAAACUUGUGGAAGAUCUCAAAGAAUCCAUCGCAGAAGUGACAGAAAUGGAACAAAUCCGCAUUGAAUGGGAACUGGAGAAGCAACAAGGAGCAAAAAGUCAUCCUACAAAAAACAACGGAAGUCAGUUAGGGCUUCGAGGAAAACAAGGCUCCCCACCAGAUAAGCGAGACCUUGAAGACAAAACAGGAAACAAUACAUUAGAGGGUUCAUGGGGAGCCAGAGCCUAUCCCAGCAGCAAAAGAUGCAAGUCAGGAACCAGCUCUGGACUGUGGGAGGAAACUGGAGCCCCUGGAAGAAACCCAUGUGAACAUGGGGAGAAUGUUCAAACUCCAUACAGAAGGCACACGAAACCCGGAACUCGAACUGGGGUCCAAGAACUGUGAGGCAGCAUCACAACCAGCUGCCUAUCGUACAUUGUAAAAUCAUCUGUCCAUUCAAUUGUGUCAUAUCAAUUUAAAAAUUUAUCAGUAAUAAUGUAUUUUAGCAGAAAUGAAAGGUCUUAAUAUACCAAAUGUUGAUAAUAGAAAUAGGCAGUUGGGUAUGCUUUUUUCUGUUCAUUUAUCCAAACAUUUGUUUUCAAUACUGUUUCCUAGUUAGGUCAUGGGGGAUCCAGAGACAAUCCCGGCAGCAAAGGGCACAAGGCAAGAGCUCACCAGAGGGGUUACCACACAUACACCAGACAAAUUUAGAUAUGCUAAUCCUAAUAAUGAUCAUAAUUAUUUUUUAAAUAAUAAUGUUUGUAUAUGUUUCUACAAUACAAUUUAUUUGGCUUAAAAAUACUAUUUUUGAGAUAGUGAUAGUGUACUGUAUUUAAUUAAUAUGUAAUGUAAAUUAUCAUAGACUUUAUUAUUAUGUACAGUAAAUGAUCAUAGAAGGAUGCUUAGCAUAAUUAAAUGUGUCAUCAACUUUUUUUUUUAGUUUUAAUGAAGGCAUUUUCCUUCAUUCUGGAUCACAUGAAGCUUACACAGUCAUUACAAAUAAAGUUAAACGCUUUGACCAAAUGUCAAGCACCCCACAGUGGAGUGUAGUGAAAGUUUAUACUGUAAGAGAACUAUUUAAUAUACAACUUCUGUAGAUGUAUUUGUAAUGCUAUACAUUUUUGUGAGCUGAUGUAUAGUUUGCAUGCAACAGCAGAUAAUAAUUAAUCAACCAUACAUUAAAAACCUUAUUUGUGCAUCUGUUGGUCCAGUUUGCUAUAGUUUCUUCAUGAAUUGAAUAAGAUUGGAUGCUUAGACUCACUGCAUCAACAGAUGUUCAGUAAAAGUGAGCUUUAGUAAUUUAUGUUAUUUUCCACAUAUAUUUAUUUCAAUACAAAUUCAUGGCAGGAACUGAUUUGUAGAUGGUCAAUUUAACUGCAGGCCACACACUCUCACAAAGGGCAAUUUACCCUAAGCUAUGUGUCUUUCACCUGUGGAAGGAACCAAAGUCCCCAGAAAAAACUCCCAUGGGAGUGAGAAUGUGAAUGCUCUGUACAGAUAGAACCCUGACCAAGAUUUGAACCCAGAAAGUCUGGGGCCACAACACUUGUCACUCCACUAUCAUGCUGCCCUGUAAACAUUUUUUACUUUGAACUCUGAUUAUCUUUUUUUUCUUAUUUUAAUUUUAAUUCAUUUGUAUGUUGUUUUGAUUGGCUGUGCAUUAAGUAGUAUUUAAUAUAAAUAAUAUUUGCCAGCGUUAUAGUACAACACAAUAUGGUUUCAAAUUUGCAGUUUAUAUCUGUGUUCUCUUGGGAUUCUUAUACAAACUCCAGUGUCCUCUAACAGUCCAAAAUAUACUGUCAGAUUAAUUUGAGCAUCUGCACUGUGUCAGAGAGUAAUUAUGUUCCUACUUUUCUUUCUAAUACAAGAUUCCCAUUUUGCCCCCAACUCAGUGACAAGAGGAGCCACUCUUUCUGUUUCACAGUUUUUACAGUACUUAAAACAAUUUAAAGAAAACUUGGGUAAUAAUGUCUGUGUAAAUUUUAGCUGCACUCUAUCUGUCUCUGAGAUGCCUGGGUUGACCACAGCCUUGGUACCUUCUUGAACCUGGGUCAUUGAUAGUCUUGACUGGGAUGAAUGGUCAGUGAGGCAGACAAGCAAGAAUUUAAAAUUGGAAUCAAAGCAGCUUAUUUCUAAAACAGAGAAUUAAAAGUCCUCCAAUGUGCAAAAAACAGUCAAUUUAUUUGUGUCAAUAAAUAAAUAAAUAAUAUAUUACAAUCCAUUUCAUAAAAUAAAGUCAGUGUCACAGGGUGUCUAAAAUGAUAAGUUCAAAUAACUAAGUUAAAAAUCCCAGUCAUCUGAAAAUUAAAAACAUUUCUUCCCUUCACAUCCUCUCCUGGUUUUCAUCAGGUAGACCGUAGACAUCAAGGCCACUGCCUGUCACAUCCCUGAUCCCACACGUGGACCUGAGCUGUAGCCGCCUUCAAUCUCCAGGGUGCCUUGACCAUUCUUCGAAUACAGCUGCAUCUGGCUCCUUCCCAGAUAAUGCUUGACGCAGCCUUAAUCCAAGCUGACCCACAAUGAACAACACAGCUCCAAGGACAUCUUGCCAUCUAUUGGAUGCUGCUCUUGUGCCUCUGUCCUUCAUUUAAUUCCAGUGGCCUCUGUUUCUCUCAUGUGUUUGAUUGCUCAGCGGUUGGGACAACUAUCACCAUCCAGAACUCCUCACACAGCCAGCAAUCCUGCUUUUCCUCUAAACAGUCAGUCCGGUUGAUUGAAUUUUUAGUAAGUAUAAAGUGGUUCAUCAAUCAAUUGAAAUUAGAGAAGUAGCUAAUGACAAGGAACAUACAAAGACAACUCUGGUCACCAUAAAGCAGCACCACAUGGCUAAUUAUGCAUGUAUAAUUAGCCACACACUGCAGAUAGGAAGCAAGAAGCCUCCCCUCCCAGAAGGAAAACACAUGAGACCCAAUGAAAUAAUAACAAUGAAAGAUUUAUUACUAUUUACAAAGCAAUCCUAUCUUCUUGAGGGAAGAAAAAAGUGCAAAGCAUCUGUGCAGAAGCCAGAAGGAAAUAGCAUCUUCCAUCUGCGCCUGGAGCCGUGACUUCAAUAACUGGAACAAGACUGUUCCAUGCUAUUGCUUUGUUGUAUGGCUAAUGUGUUCCUCAAGAAUGAAACUCAGUGAUCAUAAUGAUAGAUUUAUUUAUUUAUUUUUACAUAUUUCUAGUUUGUGGCCAUGUCUUGUAUUUUGCUUUUGGCUAUCAUUCCGUCUGUGUCUUUUGUUGUUUAAAGCACGAUGGUGCAAAGGUUAACACUGCUGUCUCACAGCUCAGAUCACAAUUUUGGACACAAUAAUCGGUCCAGCAUAGUUGGCAGACACCGCCCUUUUCCUCAAGGACUCUUAGACGACCACUGCACCAUUAUAAUCCACUAAAAAUGAGUUCAAUUUCUCCAUUCCCAUUGACUUCAAUGCAUUGUGCAGAUUUUUUGGAAAAGAUUCU